UUUCAAAUAGUCAGAGAUGCCAACAGCUCAAGGGUUCAAGUAUCUGAAUUCAUUCUGAUGGGACUUCCAGGCAUUCAUGAGUGGCAGCACUGGCUGUCCUUGCCCAUGGCUCUGCUUUACCUCCUAGCUCUUGUUGCUAAUCUUUUUGUCUUAAUCACCAUCUACCAUGAGCCUACCUUGCACCAGCCCAUGUAUCAAUUCCUAGGUAUCCUGGCUGUGGUAGACAUUGGCCUUGCUACCACCAGCAUGCCCAAGAUCCUGGCCAUCCUAUGGUUUGAUUCCAAGGCCAUCAGCCUUCCUGAAUGUUUUGCUCAGAUAUAUGCCAUUCAUUCUUUUAUGUGCAUGGAGUCAGGCAUCUUCCUCUGCAUGGCACUGGAUAGAUAUAUAGCCAUUUGUUAUCCCCUUCAAUACCCCUCCAUAAUUAUUGAAGCUUUUGUUAUCAAAGCCAUACUGUCCAUGGUGCUUAGGAAUGGCCUAUUGACCAUCCCAGUACCUGUACUAGCUGCCCAGAGACACUACUACUCCAAGAAUGAAAUUGAUCACUGCAUGUGUUCUAACUUGGGGGUCACUAGUCUGGCCUGUGAUGAUAUCACCAUUAACAGGUUUUACCAGUUGGCCUUGGCCUGGCUUGUUGUUGGGAGUGACAUGAUUCUGGUCUUUGCUUCCUAUGCUUUGAUUGUUAACUCAGUACUGAAGCUGAACUCAGCUGAAGCAACAUCUAAGGCCCUGAGUACCGGUAGUUCCCACCUCAUUCUAAUUAUCUUUUUCUAUACAGCUAUUAUUUUAGUAUCUGUCACCCACCUAGCAGAAAGAAGGGUUCCCCUAAUCCCUGUUCUUCUCAAUGUGCUGCAUAUUGUCAUCCCUCCAUCCCUUAACCCCAUGGUAUAUGCCCUUAGGACUCAAGAGCUAUGA